AUGGAAAAUAUCAGAAUUGUGCUCAGCGAAGAUCUGAGGGGGGGGAAAGUGCACGCAGACCUGCAGCAACUGUUACAGGAGGAGGAGGAAAAGGACAAGAAUGAAACGGAGUACGGGAAAAUGCUUCAAGGGGGCCACUGCCAAAUGGAUGGCGAGGGUAGGACGACGACCCCCAUUGUGGAAAAGCGCACUUGUCACAUUUACACCAACUUCGCAUACAAAUCUCAAUUCGUGAAAAAUCACGAAAGGAAGAAGCAGGAGGAUACAGCUGAGAGGUGCGUGGAAGACAUAGAGCUGAGUGAAAAUAAUAAAAUGGAGGAGACUCCCCCGUCGCCUGAUCUCCAGCUAGCUUUGGUACUUGUCGUUAUUGAUGAAGCGUAUAUGGAAGAGGAAUGUCCAUUUUUACUAACCUCCAUUUUGAGCAAAAUUGAAAAUAUACAAAAAGCAUAUGAACACGACGUUAAAAUUAUUUGUCUGUUCAUAGGAGUGCGUGAAUAUAUAAGUAGGACGAGUUUCAACAAGGAGGUUAGUGCAUCCUGCGACAGCAGGAGUAUCCCUGAGGGGGGAUCCAACCCACUUGAUGGAGAACACUCCAGGAUGAAUGAAAAAAUAUUUGACAGACUCAUCGCGACAUUACUUGUUCGUCAUCACGUGGACUCCAUUGAAAUGGAAAACGAUAAACACCUGCACAUGUUCAUAUUCAAAUGUUGCAAAUAUUUGUACUUGUCCAAGGUGCGGAAAGUGAACUCCUAUUUUAAGGUGAAGCCGGCUGGGCUCAGUCAGGACAAACUUUCACAUAUGAGCCAGGGGAAGGUGAGCCCGCCCGCCUCCGGGACGCUGCACACACGAAGACAUUUCUCCACGUGGGUCUCUCAAUUAAUGCAAAUCAGCGGCCUGUCCGAAGAUGCCUCGAUAAAAAUCGCACAGGCCUUCAACACACCCUUUGACUUAAUUAUGCAUUUGAAAAAAAAAGACGACGAAGAGUGCUUAAGUGAUUUUAUUAUCAGUUCAUCCUACGGGGACCGGCGCCUGGGCAAGGCCCUCUCGCGUAAAGUGUUUCGCGUUUUCUCCCCCGACGCGCACCCCGACAACUACGUUUCGUAG